GCUCGUCAGCCAACCCACCUUCCGUAUGAUAGCGCCUCCACCCCGCCCACCAGUCGUCGCCAACGCGAGUCCACCAGAUUCAUUGUCUGCCCUGGGUUUCUUCGUCGCUACUAGAGCCGAACCAGCGUCUGCUUUCCGUUUCUCCGACAUUGCUGAUUGAUAUGCUAUCCACCGGCCUGCCGACUACGUAUGGGUGUUUCCAGUCUGCUGCGAAGCCGUUGUUGUCCUCCGCCGGCGACUCUGCUGUGUCUGGGAUAUCGGAGGCCAAUUUCAAGUUUGAAACGGGGACAAGUUCAACAAGGCGCGCAACUGUUACAUCCAGUGUUACAGUACAGUACAUCUCGUCGGGAGCGUCGGGUCAACAACAGUGUCCAGAUCCCUUAUGCCCAGUGGUCUUCUCAACGCAUCGACCUCUCCCACCUCCAUGUCCACCCCUCUCGCUCAGCUCGAACGCAUCCUCGUUCGAGAUCUCGCCCUAUGCACGAAACUCCACACUAUCAAAACCGUUUCCGGCGGCUGCAUCAACGAAGCGUUCAAAUGCGUCACUGACACUGGCGACUACUUCGUAAAGGUCAAUCGCGAUGGAAACGUCUCAAGCCUCCAGAUGUUCGAAGGAGAAGCCGAAAGCUUGAACGCCAUUUCCGAAGCAGUGCCUGGUUUCUCUCCAACGCCUCUAGGGUUUGGCCGUCUAGUUGAUGGAGAUGAUAGGGGAGGAUCGUUUCUGGUGACCACUUUCCACGACUUGGUCUCAAGGUCAGGAAGACGGGUGGACAGACAGCUUGCAUCCAAGCUUGCCGAGAUGCAUAAGUGUCCGUCUCCCAACGGGAAGUUUGGCUUUGACGUGGUCACCAUGUGUGGCUCGACGCCGCAGGACAACACCUGGGAAUCUGACUGGCCAACUUUCCUGCUAAAGAGAAGAUUUGAGCCGUUGCUGCAGAUGGUGCUUGAGAAACAUCCCGGCGACAAGGAGCUGAGGAGCCUGGGACCUCGCGUGAUGGACGGUGUCGCCACGUUGUUCAAAGGGCUGGAUGUCAGGCCUAGCCUGGUACACGGAGAUCUCUGGAGCGGGAACUGGGGUGUGGACAGUGCACGGCAAGAGCCUCUAAUAUUCGAUCCGGCCGCUUCGUACAGCCACGCGGAGUUUGAUUUGGCUAUCAUGAAGGUCUUUGGCGGGUUUUCGGCAGACUUCUUCAAUGCAUACCACGAGGUGCAUCCGAAACACAGCGGGUUCGAGGUCCGCUUGCAGCUGUAUCAGGCGUAUCACUACCUCAACCACUAUUGUUUGUUUGGGCAAGGGUAUCGUGCAUCGACGCUCAGCGCGUUAGGGAAGGUGGCGAAGGCGAUUGAGAAUGAGGAAUGAUUGUUUUGGCGCCGCUUCCGUCAACAUCAUCGACCUUGUUCAAUCAACUUAAUCGCAUUACUUUACUGGGUCGAUUUAUCCCAGCCAAACAACCUAGUAUUGUUCCUAAACAUCCGAUCCUUCUGCUCCGGGGUCAUUGAAUA